UCGUAUUUCGUAAAUUUCAGCUUGACUAAGGAAAACAAAGUAGCAGUAGCUCUGCCAGUAUCUGAAUUCAGCACCUUCUAGUGGAGACGAAUUGUUUGCGUUACUCGUAGAGUAUUUAAGCUGUAAUUAUGUCAAAGAAAAUGGAAACAGAUCAAAUUGACAAAGAAGCAGUACAAAAGCCAGACAAAAUGUUCACUCUAAAGAAAUGGAACUUGGUCGCAAUGUGGAGCUGGGACGUAGAAUGUGACACCUGCGCUAUUUGUCGAGUUCAAGUGAUGGAUGCUUGCUUGAGAUGUCAGUCGGAAAACAAGCAGGAUGAUUGUGUUGUGGUGUGGGGCGAGUGCAACCAUUCCUUCCACAACUGCUGCAUGUCCCUCUGGGUGAAACAGAACAACCGCUGCCCGCUAUGCCAGCAAGAGUGGGUGGUGCAGAGGACGGGCAAGUGAUCUCCUCCCGCCAGAGCUCAAAGGUGACAGGUCGUGGGGGGUCAAGGGUCAAUGUCCUCUCUCGUGGAUGAGCCCAUGGUCCACUGGCUCCUGGCUGGCUGCAACGUGGUGGGCCAAGCUUCAAUGGCAACGUCUCAGCUGUUGAUAUGAGUUUGAUCUUGUCAGUGUAAUAUAUGUGUGUACGCUGUGUGUUUGAUGUGUGUACUGUGGGAGCUUUUAAUGUUUGUGAAGAUAUUUGUUGUUUAGCUCGCUGAAUCCUAGGCCCUGCGAGGCAGGCGGCAGACUAUUCACUGACAUCUGGGAGAAAAUGGUGUUUUUCAUAAAUUAAAAGAAAACUUUCUUAUUUAUGUCUGUAAUUGGCUCAUAUUUUGAUUUAAUAUUAGAAAUAGGAUAGUCUCAAAACAAAUUGAUGAGAGGUGCACAUCUGUCAUUAUUUUGUGUGUAUUGAAGUUGAAAAAAGUAAGGAAAACUGAAUGAGAAAAUAUCCUGUGUUGUUUAGCAAAAUUCAGCAGAACUGAGCUUCCCACAAGAGACUGCAGCUUAAACUUCAAAGAAAAUCUAUGUUUUGCACCUAAAGUUUUUGUCGUGUAACUUAAAGGAACAAAAGUGGAAUAGAACAGCUAACUAAUGGUAUCUACUUAUAUUAUCACAUAUUUGCAAUAGGAUUGGAGGAAGAAAAAUUACUAAGUUGAAAUUGCACAUGUAUUAUGAAAGGAGUUGGCUGUUUAUAGGAAAAUACCUCUUGUGUGUGCAUUAAUGCUAAUAGAUUCAGUGAGUUAAUAUGAAUGGGAAAAGGAAAACUGUUUUGAAGCCUUGUAAUUAUCUGUGCGAGUGAGAGAGUGUGUCUGCGACUAAGUGUGAUGGAAUAGAUUCCUCAAGUCUUGCAAUUAUUGCAAGUGACAGUGCUUUUUAAAAAUCUUUUAAAAGCCUUGCUGAUCGAUUUUGAGAUGUAUGAAAUUGCUAGAAAAACAGUUUCCAAUUGUUAAUGAGGAUUGAAUGCAAUGCCCUGUUUUGUUAAAACAUUUAGUUGUCCUCAGGUUAGACGUAAUGAAAUGCAGUUUUAUACAUUCGUCAUUUUGAAGAAAAUAGACCUGCAGGAACUAGUUUGCAUUUCAAAUAUUGUAUCUUUGUAUCUGAGCAUAUGUGCCAGUCUUUCAGUUUGGGACUCUUUGUAAAUAAUUGAAUGACAGUACUGUCUUAAAUAUCAUUGUUUUUUAGUUGAAUUUGUCUUAAAUUAUCAAGGGUUUUCAGGUGUGUUGUUUUUGUACUGUAAGGUACUCUUCAUUUUGUCAUCAAUGAGCUUGCUGCCAACUGGUAAAGAAACUGAACUAGAUUUCUAGACACUAUUUGUUUCCUCUCUUGUUUAAGAUUCUUUAUUUUUGAUACAGCUGCUUUGCCUUUUUUUUGUCUUUUUUUUUUUUUAGGUGCCAAUCCACUCCUAUGUCCGUUAGAGUUCUGGUGACUGCCUGUGAUGUGUGAGCCUUUGAAAAUACAAAAUUAAUUAAUUUAAGAAUGAAAGAUGAUAGUUUUUGAAGUGUGUUUAGAAGUAUUGUGCUUGGUGAGUUUUGAUAGGAAGUUGUUGAAGGCGGUUCAUGGUUUUUGUUCUCUUCCGAGCAAGAUGCCAUGUCCUGUUGAGGCUCUUUUUCAUCAGUCUGACUAAAGGCACCCAUAUCCUAAAUAAAUGUGUAUAAAACUAAUACAGAUAUAAUGUACAUUUUCCCUUAUGGCCACCUUUUUCUCUCAAGGUGUUUUAUUUAUUUUUCAUAAGAAUUUUACUGCACUUGCAACGCAUGUGGGUCAUGAAUGUUGAAGGUUAGAGUUCUUACUAAAGAAUAACAUACAGGUAAAGAAGGAGAAAAGAGGAUGAUAGGUGUUUAACUGCAAAGAAGGAGAAACCUCACCAGAGCAACCACCAACCACCCACUCUCAAGGCUAUUGCGGUUCAAGACCAACCUCCUUGACACAUUUGUUGACACUACAGACAUUAGUUUAUUAUGGACAAGAUAGAGGCAGGUGGAAAUCAAAUCUUUUUCUGUUGACUUGGGAUAGAAUUGGGAUAAGAGAGUCACUUCGUUAUAGUUAUACAUGUAAUAAUAAUUGUUAUUUGGAAGCACAUAUCUGUCCCUGCGGUUUUAUGCCCAAAAAAUUCUAAAAUUAUGCUAACUGAGCCCAAAAAUGUGAAAUUUGGCGAUUCUGUUAAUUUUAACAAAGAAUGAUCAAAGGGAAAAAAAUUGAAAUUAUGCAAAAAAUGAUCAAAUUUUGCUCAAAUAUGCGGGGUGCAUAAAACCACGGGGACAGACAUAUAUCCAUGCUCUACAGUAAGAUCUGUGCGCUUUAUUAGAAAAGGUUGUUGUUUCAUUUCGUCAUGAAAAGAGUCAAUUCGGAAGUCAGGAGAGCAAAGAGUCAAUUUCUGAAUGGUCAUCACUAUUGCUAUUGUGGAACAAACUGUUUUCUAGAUACAGUCUUAUCAGAAUUAUUUGCAGAGAAACCUACAAUUCUUUCAUUGUGGCAGAAGAGAGAAAUUGUGUUUUACGCCUCAUCUGCUUGGAAUUCUGCGCAGAUUGAUCACAGCAAAAACGUGAUGCCGAGGGUCUGACUUUGGUGUCACUUGUGGUUGUUCCAUUUAUUCCACCAGUUGCUUUAAUUUUGAUUUUUAGUUUAAAUUGUUCUUUCUAGGGCGGAGUGUCUGAGAAUAAUCGAAGUGAACACGUGUGUCUCUUUCAAGCCGUGUGCAUGUACAUGUGUGUGUGUGUGUGUAGUGUGCAUCUUUAUUUGUUUGUCAUGAGCUCUUAUUGCUUGUAUAUAUAUUUGGCUACUGCUUUGUUACUGUUACUGAUGGAGGGAAGGUUGUAUGAUGAGAGUUGGGUUGCGAUUGGGAAAUACAGUGACUGUUGACGUUGUUGCCUGAGUGAGGGGAGGAAAAAAGCAAGAAGUGCGAAUGUUUCAGAUCACAUUGUGUGGCUAGGAAUGUAAAGUUGAGAUGUGUGUGGGUCCUGAAGUUAAGUAUGAAUCUGAAAAAUUUUGCAAUUUUUUCAUUAAACGUUUGAUGUUAUGAUUUACAUUUUUUUGGGCCUUGAUUUUCCCUUGCUAUCCGAAAAUGCCAAAGAUAAAGGGCCCUUUGUCCUUUGUUGUUGUUUUUUUUCAAACUUGUGAACUUUGGAAACGAUUUUGGUCCCUGUACCGGGUAGGCUGGUGAGAUGUAUCUACCCGUUACUGUCCAGAGAAGAAGAAAAACAUUGUGUAAUGUGCUGAGGUUUUUUUUUUUUUUUUUAAAUUCUGAUGGCCUGACAAUUGUUGAAAAGAGAACUUGUUUUUAGUAUUGUUCUUUUUUUUUUUGGUUAUAAUUUCUACUGUACUUUUUUAAUUUAUGGAAGAUUGUUGUGCUUAGAAUUUCAGGUUUAAAUUAAAAUUUUGUUACUGUUCACCCAGGAAUUUGGGGAAAUGGCCUCUUUAAGUUUAAGCAAACUACAUGACAGACCGUGGCAUUUAAACGUUACCUUCUUGGUUUAGGCUUGCGCUUGUUCUGUUCAGAAUCCUGCUAUUCUCUGUUUGAAUUGAAUGAUGUACAUGUGUAAGUUCUAAUUUACCUCUAUGUGCUGAGAUAAGUCAUUACAGAACAGGCAUGCACAGUCGUACUAUUGUAACUCUUUAUCUCAUUGGCUGACUCGGAUGCUCUCGAUGACUGGAGUGGAAGAAAUAAAUUGGAUGAUCAUUUUGA